AUGAACGACGUGCUUUGGGAGGACGUGAGUGACCCUACAGACUGGACAGGAGACUGGUCUGCGCUUCGUCCUUUAGAUGAAAGCUUGCGCUGUGGCUUGUGCUACGAUAUCUUCCGAGCUCCUGUCGCCCUUCGUGAAUGCUCACACUUGUUCUGCUCCUCCUGCAUCCGCAUUCAUAUCAACCAGGCGGGAGGUAAUGGAUCUUUUUGUCCACAAUGCCGUCAGAAGAAAGCGUAUGACAGUGAGCUCAUCGCGCAACCGGCACUGGAAGCCACAGCUGAACACUGGCGCAAAGCAAGAACCUUUCUCAUGGCACAAUCGAAGCAUUUGAAGGAGUUGGAGACCUCCAUAGCUGACGUGACAAUACCCCAGCUCCUAGCCCCAGAAAAGGCCAAGCGACCAGCUGAAGAGUCUCCUUCAGGCCGACAACUCCGUCCGCGCAAACGUGUCGCUGGGACACCCGAUAUGGACGAGGAGACGGACCUGGAUUACCGGCAUUUGAAGGAAGAUACUAUUGUAGCUUGCCCCAUUUGCCAGCGUACCUUCGAUGCCUUGGCCCUGAACGCACACCUGGAUCGUGGCUGUGGUGCAGAUACCCCGGAGGCAUCGACAUCCCGUCCUUCUCAACAGAACUGGCUUGCCACACCUCAUUCCAUACCCACCAAGCGUUUGACGCGUCCUCAAUACCAGCUUAAAUCAGAGCGCGAUCUCCGCAAAAUGCUUGAGGCUUGCAAGCUUCCAACUACCGGCCCUAAAGAACGCUUGGUGGAGCGACAUCGUCAAUGGGUGAACAUGUACAAUGCCAACCUGGAUGCUGCACCAGCCUUGCGUGAAUCUCUACCUGCCUUACGAAAACAGCUGCAGAAGUGGGAAUCUGCGCAAAAUAAUGCAGCAGCAUCCAAAGGUGUAUCGACGGAAAAACAAGCUAGAGCUUGGCUGAAAUCCAAUCAGACACAAUAUGCUGAUUUGGCAGCGCAAGCGCGUGCUUCGUUACAGAGAGCUCAUACUAAGAAAUCUGACACUACAGCACCGCCUACCCCACCUUCUUCAGAUAGGGUUUGA